AAUACAUUAAAUUAUAAACACAAAUUUUUUCCUCAAAGAGUGAAUAUUUCUUUAUUUUUUCCCUUUAAUUUUCAAAGGAUAAAGUUAAAAAUCUAACCAUGGCUGCAUACGAUAAUGAAGUUCAGAAACAAGUAAGUUUUAAACGAUAUUAUAUGUUACGAUCGCGAAAAUUUUGCACAUUUUCAAAGUCAUUUCUGUCAUGUGUUUUAUAUAUAAAUCGAAAUGUGACAGUGUGAUGAUUUGGGUUUAUUUUGGCUGUUCAGAUCAAGCAUAUGAUGGCGUUUAUAGAACAAGAAGCGAAAGAGAAAGCAGAGGAAAUAGAUGCCAAAGUAAGACUGACUGAAAUCACAAUGACUUUCACUAUAUUUCAAUAAUAUUUAUAAAGUUAUUAAAUUAAUCAUGGCUUUUCAUGCAUGACAGUCAAAUUACUGUACCUACUCGUUCACCUGGUUGGAUUUCUCCAUUUUCGCCCGCCAAAGAUUUACGCCAGGAAAAUUACAACUUUAGAAAACCCGCCAAAAGCACAAACUUUCUUAAACACACGCAGGCCGCCAAUCUGCCGCCUUUUAAUAUUUUACGCCAAAAACUCCUUUGUGGUACGCCAAGUGGCUAUGCUUUUCGCCAAAGAUCUUGAGCUGAUGGGUAUCGGAAUCCAAUCAGGCUCGUUCAUGCUUGAUCUAGUAACAUCAUAUGCACAAUAAUGGUGAAACGUUGACGAACAUGAAUGCAAACUAAACAGAAUGCUAUUGGCUCGCAUUGUUAUUGGAGUGUUUGCACCUGUUAUGCACCAGACAAUGUAAAUCCUGUGGCCCCAACUGGGGAGGGGGGUAUUUAGCAGGGAAAGUGGUCGGUUUUGAUUGUAAAUGUGUCCCCGGGGGAUGAUGGGGGACUUGGACGACAUUUUCACUUACGGUAGACAAUGUGGGAACGAAAGCAUAAUUAUAUCCUGUGUUGCUGUUUUAGUUUUCUUUACAACAACAUUAAGUACAAUAACAUAAAUGAAUUUGAUUUUUUCUAUUGCUGAUCUAUGAAAUAUAUAAUACUAUUUUCCCGGGGUUCAGAGACAUGCAGGCACAUUAAUUAAUCACCCUUUCCCCCGGGGGUGAGGACAAUUUCGCUCUUUUACUAUCCCUCUAAGUCAAAAUCCCUUCCCGGUUGGGGGGAGGGGGUUUACAUUGACUGGUGCAUUUCCAUUCCCCUUCAUUAGCAUCCAAUUUUGUUAUUCUGACAAUAUUCACCUUCGCUAGUGAUCAUGCCAAUCAACUAUCACUUUCAAUAAUGUUCACCAUCAUUAGCGUUCAGGUUAUCAACACCCAAAUUCACUGUGAUCAAAUGCAAUCAAACAUUUAUGCACAUUUACUGUUUGUAUUCAAAAGACUGGUAAUAGUAUUGUCUUCACGAAGCACUAGCUAAGAGUUUAACCCAUUAAGCGCCAGCGCUCUCCCCUUGACGAGUAAAACAAGUAAAAUCGUUUGGCAUUAGACAGAGUAAAAUACUAAAGUAGGGUACAUCAGGGUGCAAUGCGACUCAAUGGGUUAACUAGAUACAUGGGCAGAUAGGCCAGUUAACCCAUUGAGCGCUCCCCUUGACGAGUAAAAUCGUCUGGCGUUAGAGUAAAAUCAUCUGGCGUUAGACAGAGUAAAAUACUAAAGUAGGGUACAUAUGGGCAGAUAGGCCAGUUAACCCAUUAAGCGCCAGCGCUCUCCCCUUGAUGAGUAAAAUCGUCUGGCGUUAGACAGAGUAAAAUCGUCUGGCGUUAGACAGAGUAAAAUACUAAAGUAGGGCACAUCAGGGUGCAAUACGACUCAAUGGGUUAAAGAAAAUUAUGAGAGUUUAAACUCAGUAUAACUUUGCCUUGUCACAAGGAAAAAGUGGUGAAAUUCCCCACCUUAAUGACCUAAUAGCUUCAGCCGUUUCCUUGUAGUAAACGCUCUUCUGUCUCAAAUUUACUGCUACUGUUUUGGCAGACAUUUUCCCCGCCAUUUCCGUACACUUGAGCAUGCACUUUACGUUUGACCGCAGUGUUAUGUGCAGCUGAUUACAACUAACAAGAUUUUACACACAGGCUGAGGAAGAGUUCAAUAUUGAAAAAGGCAGAUUGGUCCAACAAGAACGAUUAAAAAUAAAAACUUAUUACGAGAAAAAAGAAAAACAAGUCGCAUUGCAGAAAAAAAUGUAAGACUUUAUCAAAUAUAUAAAGGCUGCUACAAAUUACAGUCAAGUGCGGUGUUCUAUUACAGGCAACAUUGCAAUAUUGUCACGCAAUAUUGCAAUAUUGAUUGGCCGACUGCUCUUGCAAAUUGCAACUGACGUGAACAAAGUGCAAUUUUUACGUAACAGUAUUAAACCAUCAACUGAUCAUAAUUAUUAUAAUUAUGAACUUUUGCAGUUGACAGUUUAAUCACAGAGUAGAUAAGACAUACAGAGACGUAACUGACCGUUGUAAACACUGCGGAAGAUUACGUUAUCAUGUACCCACUUUUUUUUCAGGCGACCGGGCGAAAAAUGAUCAACUGCGCAUGCUCAGCAAGUUUAAAGUGAGUCGUCAUCAGGUCGUCAUCCAAUCAGAUACAUGCAUCUAGUAACUUGCCGAGCAUGCGCACAAAAAAAGUGGGUACACUAGUUACGUCUCUGUAUGUCUCUACUCUGUGGUUUAAUUUAAUACUGUUACGUAAAAAUUGUAGUUUGCUCACGUCAGUUGCAAUUUGCUAGAGCAAUCAGCCAAAUCAAUAUUGCGUGACAAUAUUGCAGUGUUGCUAGCAACGGAACACUGGAUUUGACUGUAAGUUCUCCGUCCUCUGCCCGCGUCUCCUAGAACUGGCGAGAAUGAUUUGUCCGUUAUUGCUAACUUGUUUUCAUUAGUUGACCUUAAACAUGACUAUAAGAAUAAUGAAAAUCAUUCUACAGUUCUCAAACAAACUGUCAUUCAAGAAAUACAUGUUUCAUAACAUAAUACAUAAAAAUCAAAAUAAAAUUGUUAAAACUUUAUGAAAGAGCGCGUGAAUUGUUGUUUUUGUUCAUUUUCACCACAGGCGGCCCAAUCUCAGAAUGAACGAUCAGGUUUUGCGGGUUUUUAACAGUUUUUAUAAACAAAUUUAUAGUCAACCAAAACUAUUUUAAAAACAUUCUUAAAUUAGUCAAAUAAAUACAUUUUAACAAUAAAAUAUAGUUGACAUGAUAGUAUAAUACCCUUGCAUUCUUUUAAUUACUCCAUGAGCUCAUUUAGAGCGGUUGAUGUAACAUUUUCUGUGACCUACAUUGUGUGUGCUCAUCUAUAUGUAAUAUAACUGUUAUAUUACAUAUAGAUGAGCACACACAAUGUAGGCCACAGAAAAUGUUACAUUAACCACUCUAAAUGAGCUCAUGGAGUAAUUAAAAGAAUGCAAAGGUAUUAUACUAUCAUGUCAACUAUAUUUUAUUGUUAAAAUGUAUAAAAUGUAUUUAUUUGACUAAUUUAAGAAUGUUUUUAAAAUAGUUUUGGUUGACUAUAAAUUUGUUUAUAAAAACCUGCAACACCUGAUCAUUCAUUCUGAGAUUGGGCCGCCUGCUGAGCUAGACGCUCCAUUACACGUUUUGAUUUUUGAAUGUAAUAAAAAUUAAAAUAUCCUGGCUUUCAUUUCUGCAUACAAAAAAAUUCAAAACAUUUUGUAGAAACAUGGCUGAAUGGAUAUUUAAAACGUGUAUCUAUUUCAUGAAAUAAUGGGUCCUGUCAGAUUCUUUGAGACACCAUAAUGGAUAUGACCACUGCCCACCCGUGUGUAAUUUGAAAUAAGGGCUGGAUGGGAAACUAAAGUCUAAUUUGGAGUGGCCUAAGUUGGUUUCAUCUAUAUAACCACAUUGUUAAUUAAACACACUUUUCCUGACAUUUUGCAGCCAAAGAUCAAACCAGCUAAAUCAAUCAAGGUUAAAAAUUUUGAAGGCAAAAGAUGACCAUAUUAAGGUGGGUGUGAUGAGUUUUUCAACAAAGAAACGUCAACCAAAAGGAGAAAUGUUUAUAGUCUGAGACUGAAUUUAAUAAUUCAAAACGUUUGUGUUUUGCAGCAAAUUCUGGAAGAGGCCUGUGAGAAGUUGGCUGAUGUAACAAAAGAUUCAGAAAAAUAUUCAAGCGUUUUACUUGGCCUGAUCACACAGGUAGAAUAUACCCCUUCUGGAAACUGUGUCACAUUGCCUAUAGAGACUUGUUUUCGUGAUCGAGACAGUUGGCUUUAGUUGAUGUCAGCAGAUGCGUGAAAACGAGGCUCUAUAGCCAAAGUGACAUACUUUCCAGAAGGGUGUAUUACAAGUCAUAUGGUAAAUAUUUGACAUUAUAUAUAAUACCUUCAACAGAAAUUAUUUUAAAAUAUGAUUUGAAAUAGGAAUGUUCGGUAUGAGAAAUUUCCGGCAUCGAUAUACCGAAAAAAUUAUACCGAUAUUAUCGGUAUGCCGGUUUCCUUUGAUAGUUAUAAAGGAAAAUAGAAGUUUGAAGGAAAGUUUGAGUAAUUCUAAGUAAUUCGAACGACAUGCACGUACUCAGUGUAAAAUCUCACUGAAGUGGAAAUUCUAAAUCAUUGCAGUAGAAAGUUCUUUGAAUUGCCAUUCAGUAGUAAAAUAAAGGUUAUGGUUUCGCCAUAUAGUUGGUAAAUUUAAUAUGGUAUAUACCGAAAAAUUCUGGUAUAUCCGAAAUUUCGGUAUAUCGGUAUGGUUGAAUAUCCGGUAUCGAUAUACCGAUAUUGAUUUAAUACCGAUAUUUUCGAUAUAUCGGUAUACCGAACAGUCCUAAUUUGAAACGCCCGAAAAUGUGUUGAAAAAUGAAGUGCAGAGUUUUUAACAUGCUGUGAGGUACCAUGGUUUAUAUCCUUGUGAACAAGUAUAGCUCUAUUUUUCAGGGAUUAUUUCAAUUGCUUGAAUCUGAGGUCACAAUACGAUGCCGAAAAGAAGACUUAGAUUUAAUUAAGGUAUGUUGUAAGGUUUUGCAAUGCUAAGCCAUCACCCUGAUUUCCUAUUUUAUUCCAUCUAACACAAGACAAUUUCACAUGAAACAUGGUGCUACCAUGGAUAAUAAAAUAAAUGGAUAGGAAACUAGCUGACGUGACCUAAUGUUUUCAAUGGGCUGAUGGCGUGGUUGGAUGUCCCAACCUAGUUGCCAACCAAAUUCUCAAAAACGGCAUGUUUAGCAAUAAUACAGCUAAACAAUUUAGUCAAAGAGCAAAUAAAUAUAACCACGCCAUUCUACGAUGAAAACUCUAAGUAUUCCCAAUCAAUUUUAGCAAAUAUUUCAAGCACUAAACAGUGAAAAAUACAUCACAAAUUUCGUUAAAAUUUGUGACGCCAAUUUCGUAGCUACAAAUGUAAAAAAAUACAAAACAAAGACGAAAAACAUUUACCUUGAAUACUUUGUCGUGGCUUAGGCAUGUUUUUAAAACAAUUAGACCAGUUUAUGCUUCAAUAUCACCCUUUUAAAGUGGAAAAUAUAGCAAAACAACAAAAAUGCCGAGAACUUUGGUAAUAUUCGCAAUACGCGUGACGUCACGUUUUUCAACAAGGACACAGAGUAGAGACAUACAGAGACGUAACUAGUGUACCCGCUUUUUUUGUGCGCAUGCUCGACAAGUUACUAGAUGCAUGCAUCUGGUUGGAUGACGACCUGAUGACGACUCACUUUAAACUUGCUGAGCACGCGCAGUUGAUCAUUUUUCGCCCGGUCGCCUGAAAAAAAGUGGGUACAUGAAAACGUAAGCUUCCGCAGUGUUUACAACGGUCAGUUACGUCUCUGUAUGUCUUAUCGACUCUGUGACAAGGAUGAGGCCAAUGACGUCAGAAGUUUCCUAUCCAGUUAUUUUACAAUCCAUGGUGCUACAUAUAGGCCUUAAAAUAUCUUUUACAGUGCUGUCUAACAAAAUGAACGAUGACUUUGAGUUUCGGCCGGACAUAUGUAUGAUGAUGUCCGAUGACCUUCAGUUCAGUUUGGCUCGGAAAUAAGUCCGGAUGACACAAAUUAAUAUCAGCACAAUGUCGAUGUAAUUCUGACAAUAAAUGAAACUUAUUUCCAAGACAAAAUUAACUUGCUUCCCAAUAAAAGCAGUAAGACUUCGAUAACAUAAACCUGUUUCCACUUCACCAUUUUGCUUACCGCCAGCGACAUUUUGAUUUAUGUUGGACAAAGCUACAGUUUGGUCGGACACCAAUACACUCGGGUCGGACAAAAAGUAAACCUCAGGUUUCACUUAGGUCAGACAGAAUGUUCAGUGGUUUCCUCUCUACGUCGGACAAUUUCACGAAUGGGUUGGACAAUAGGGCCAUUUAUACGUGACAAAAUAAGUCGCGACUUACAUAAGACGCGACUUAAAUAAGUGGAGUUAUCGCAUAAAUGGUUCUCUACGGCUUUGGUCUUGUUUAUUUGCUAUAGCUAUGUUGUUUUGGUUGUUUUUGUUUUAAUAUGCAAGGCAUUAAAUUUUACGUUGUUUCAAGUUUCUGGCAUGUGUAGUUAGACUUUUUGUCCAAAAUUUCUUAUUUAAGACGCGACUUAAAUAAGAACAGCUAAAAGACCUGUUCUUAUGUAAUCCAAGACGCGUCUUACAUAAGAAUUUUGUACCUUUUAUACGACAAACUCGCGUCUUACCUAAGUCGCGUCUUAUGUAAGUCGCGUCUUAUUUUGUUCCGUAUAAAUGGCCCUAAUGUCUGUGACCUAGCAAUAUUUUAGUUAAGGCCUGUGCUACACGCGCCUUCUUCUAUUAAGCUGCAAUCUAUCCUAUUCUUAAGUUACACCAAACAACAUUCAAUUUGAGACACUAACCUAGAUAGACGAUUCUGAUUAUCACUUGAUUCUGACAACUGGGAUAUUUGAAACAUCAGUCACAUCACACAUUAAGAUAAAUUCACCUAGAAAUCACAGCAUUAACCUGUUAAGCUGCAAUACAAUUAAGAUUGACAUUUCUAUAGCACAAAUUUGCAUCAAAUGUGCGUUACAUCAAGUACGAUGCUUACCUAAUUACUUACAGAGCCUAGAGCCGUAGACUAUUUUAUCGUUACAACAAUGGACCUUUCCCCUUAUAACUAAAAUUUUGAUCUAGACAAAAAUUUCAUCACAGCUUGAAAGAGCAUCACAAAAUUAGUAAUAUUCCAAAGUUUCGUUGCGAAAUGUUGUAAAAUGCGGAUAAUAUAGCCUUGCGAAAUUUGCCGUUUUUCAGUCAUUUUGUAUUACGCAUGGGAAAUUGACAGCCCAAUCGGGUGUUGGGGCAUCAAUUUCCCGUUUGUAAUACAAAAUGACUGAAAAUUGCAAAUUUCGCAGGGCUAUAUUAUCCGCAUUUUCAAGCUUUCUUGUCUAGACCUGUCUAGAUCAAAAUUUUAGUUAUAAGGGGAAAGGUCCAUUGUGAUAUUACUUUCUUAACUGUGUUUAUCCUAACCCACCCUGUCAACUUUCCCUGUGGGAGGAAACUGGAGACUAUAGAGUCCUGAGCUUUAAUGUGUUGUUAAUUUUAAUGAUGGCCUACUCUACCAUGUAGAAAAUAAGAGAUGAAGCUUGCUCUAAGUUCAAAGAAGCUGCGAAGAAGGAUGUUAAAAUCAAUAUAGAUGAAAACAAAUUUCUAAGUUCUAACAGGUAAGUUAACUAUUUAUACAAGAAACUAAUUUUAUUUUUUUAAAUCAUUAUUGUCGAUUUCAGAUUACUUUUCAAAGCGCGGUUUCCAAGUUUGUUGUCAACUUGCCAAUUACGUUUCCAAAUUCGGAAGUUGGGCGGGAACUUCGCAACGAAGUUCGCAAGUUCAUUUCAAAGUUCGAACUUCGAUUGUAAACAAAUGUACAAAUUUCAUUUAUAAAUUUACUUAAAAAGGCAUUUUCGUCUUGGAAGACCACUGGACCAAUAUUUUACUGCAGUAAUAUGUACAUAGGGCCUUAUACAGUAAUUUCAACAUCAACUAUGAACAUUUGUUUGCAAUCAAAGUUCAAACUUUGAAAUGAACUUGCGAACUUCGUUGUGAAGUUCACGCCCAACUUCCGAACUUGACAACGUAAUUGGCAAGUUCGCAACGAACUUGGGAACAGCGUGUUGAAAAGUUACCUGAAAUUGACAAUAGCUUGCAAAUGUGGGGUUUUCUCUCUCUCUUAACAGCUCUGGGGGAGUGGAUUUAAUUUGUCGACGCUCAACAAUUCAUGUUCAGAAUACUUUGGAAAGCAGACUGAGUUUAUUGAGUGGUCAGGUGAGUGAAGGUUGAUGAGACCGCAUCGAAUGCAAUUAAGACAAAAGAUAACGAGAUGAUAAACCUCAUUAAGCUUCAUUAUCUAUUGUUUGAAUUGCAUUCGACGCGACCGAAAUUCGAUGUAUAAGACAGACCUUACACGUGAACAGGGGCGGAUCUAGCCUCAUCUGCAAGGAGGGGUGCAGGUUUUCCAUGGGGUGGUGCAUGAGGGAGCCUUACUGCCCACUCUCCUCUGCAGUCUGCAACGUUACUGUCCCAACAUUACCAUUAUUUAAAAUGCUGAAUCUGCAUGUUCGCCGUUCCGUUUUACAUUAUCUUUUGUUUAUAUCGGCUUUUUAUCCUGACAGUUGCUGUAGCACAGUAAAGUAAAUUUGCUUGUUAAAGUACAGUAUAUUUGGCUGUAUAACAACCUCGACAUAUUUACAUAUUUAACCAUGAUGUUUAACUAAAGCAUUCUGAGUAUCUUCUCAUAAAUCAGUGAAAUCGUUUCAAGAAAUCGACAUGCGCUAACAGUAGAAGUUCCACUACACAUGCAAAAAUCUGACAUCUCGUAGCAAGUCUGCCAACAAGCCGUCAACAAGUUGUCUUCGCAAUGCUUGUCCCAAGUUGUCAACAAGUUUGGAACAAGCUGUUAACAACUUGUAACAACCUUGUUGAUAUUAUCAGGCUUGUUACAAGGUUGUUCCAACAAGUCCGAUACAGUCAUGAUAUAGCAGUAUUGUUAUAACCUUGUGUCGUCAACCUUGUAACAUUCUUGUUUAUAAUGACUGUAUCAGACUUGUUAGAACAACCUUGUGACAAGUCUGAUGAUGCCAUCAAGCUUGUUACAAGUUGUUAACAGCUUGUUCCAAACUUGUUACAACAACUGGGAACAAGCAGUGCGAACACAACUUGUUGACAGCUUGUGAACAGAUUUGUAACAACUUGUUUGCAGACUUGUAACAAAUUGUGCGUUUUUACGUGUGUAAUCGCUAUUCGAAAUGCAGAAAAUGUAUGGAUUGUUUAGGGUGUUUACUUGUCUUACUCGUCAGGGGAAGAGGGCCACUCAGUGGGUUAAUUGUUUUUUUAUUUUUUUAGAUGCUGCCUGAAAUACGUGAACGUCUCUUUGGCAAGAAUCCAUCUCGAAAAUUUUUGGACUGAGCAACUUAAAAACUACGAGACUUAUAUAUGCUUUAGUAUACGAUAUAUGAUGAAUUAAUGUAAAACCUGACGCCAAUUUUUAUAUAUUAUCUUUUCAUAAUGAUUUCGUCAAAGCACUUAGUUGCCAAAUGCCAUUGUAUUUAUUUAAAUGAUUAUGUUGGAAAAAGGUGUG